CUAAUUAGGAGAUGACCAAUGACCAAUGUAUGACCCAGUGUGAUGCGCCAGUGUUAUUCUGCCACUGAUUCGACCCUUUUCCCACUUCAGCGCCAUUCCGUUUCUGUGCAGUUUCAAGCAUUAGCCGCACAUUCAAAAAUACGUUGACUUUUCUGCGCUAUGGGACUUCGCCUCCCAUGCGACUCUUCAAAGCCCUUCGUCCAGCGCAGGCAUCUUCCGAAGAUGUCUCUCAACGUUUGCAGCGCUUGGAGGCUACCGAAGCCGAGGCCGCCUCUGACCUCAAAGGUGCAGCUGAUGAAGCCCAAGAGGCCCAGUCCCAGUGCAAACAACUGCGUUCGGCUCUGGCUAGAGCAGAGGAAGAGUGGGCAACUGCCAGGCGGAGGAAGCUCGACAAUGAAGCAAAACAGGCCGCAGCAGAGACUGCGGAGAUGGAGUGCCUCAAGGAGACCAUCAGUUCACUCCGCGGCCAGGCCCAAGCUCUGUGUGCUACACGGGACCAGGCCAAGCAAAUGCUCGUAAACAACAAGCUGGAAUUGCAGUCAAUUCAGCAGAGAGAGGUGGAACUCCAACGUGAAGAAGGACACCUCCAAAUCCAGCUCGAGGCAAGAUAUGAGGAAGAAGCACACCUGGUAGAAAGCUGCAGGGAUUUCCGAGAGGUUUUGCAUCGCCUUGAUGCGCAGGCAGAGUCUUUGGCAGCCCAGGAGGAUGUCAUGAGUGACUGCAGCAUCGACACAGACUCAGCCAUUCCAUCCAGCACGGCCUUUGACCAGGACAAGCUUCACAAGGCUUGGCAUUUGGAAGGGGAGCUGCUCACUGCCAAAGAGCAAGCAAGGGAGCUGCGCCAAAGAUUGGCAAAGGUCCAGUCUGAAGACUUCUCCACACAAAAGCAGUUGGGGGGCCAAAAGGGCCAAGCCGUAGAAGGUGGUCCAGCUUCGUUACAGGCCUUGGACGCUGGAGCUUGUGAAGCCGGACGGGAUGUUUUGGUCCUUCAAGAUGCUCCUACUAGAGCCUCAGGCGGCAGGCAACCGCUGGGAGCCAAGAGAGGCUUCUUCGCCUCCAAGCUCAACGACACAAGUGAGUUAGAUGCUCGGUGUGUGGCCGAGGAAAACGUCACAUUGCAAAGCGAGGUGGAGGAGGCGCGCCAUCAACUUGAAAUGGCACAAACUCGUUGGCAACAUGGUGCUGCUCCUCAUUUGCAGGCGGCUCUUCAUGAGUCCAGGGCCAAACUUCGCAGCUCCUUGCAGCAGCAGCUGCAGGCGUCGCAGGAGAUGCUACAGUCGUUACGGGCUGGCAUCAUCCAGGCUGAAGAACAGCUGGAGGCAGAACAUCAAACACGUGGCGAAGGGCUGCGUCGGCUGUGGGAUGUGGGUGAGUGUAUUUGCUAAUGAUGUGGGUGGUGACGAGACUAUGGACGGCGUCGAUGAGAUGAGGCGGUGUUGUGGGACCGAGUUGAAGAAACCGACUAAAUCGUCGUUGGUGGCGUGAAGGGUGAUGUCAGGAGUCAGGAAGAAUGGAAGCGAAGUAUUGGUGGAAGUGGUGCCACAGUCGAAAAGAUGUUGGAGCAUGGUGUCAGGCGCGACUGGUCACGCGGAAAAGUGUGCCUGCGAGGGAGUGGAAAUAAGAGAUGAUUGCAUGGCCUUUGGAUGGACAAUGCCAUAUGGGAUGGCGAAG